UGAUAAUAAUAAAAUUGUGAAACAAAUAAAUACAGUAGUGCUGAUAGAUCCUUUUCCUUUUCGCAUGCAAAUAUUUUAUUCUCUCUCUCUCAGGACCGCAGUUUGCCGCCAUGUCACCGUGUCGCAGCCGCUCGCUCGACACGUGAAAACAAAAUCCGCGCGGCCGGGAAAAGACAAACAGCAGCGGAACAGACAGGAACAUUGCAUGCGGCUCCAUCCGACAGCGGGGGCCAAAAACCAGCCCCGCACGAGCUAGGGCAAAACGCAGUGGGCGUGGCUUGACGCCAGAGGGGCGGAGACCUGCCUCGGCGGAACUACUCGAUCAAUACGUCGUGCGCCAAGCCCGAAACUGGCGCCGUCCAAUCAGAGCGACGCACGGGAGCAGGCUCGUCGCUUGCUCGAGCUUCGCCGGGGGGGCCCGCGUAAGGGAGCGGACUCGGGCUCAUCAUAAAUACUGAAUCAUUCAAUAUUAAUGCUUGCCGACCUUUUGCACGGGGCUGCGCGUGACGCCCGCAGUGGAAUCCUUUACAGUCGUGUACAUGUCCUGCGCUGCCUAGCUCGCUUGUACCCUUGCUUGUUAGGCAAGCCUUCCCCCUUGUUGUUCAAACUGGGAAAUAGCAGACGAGGAUUCCGCCACGACCGGUGACUACGCCAAGCAGUCGGGGGUUAAAACAAGCAGCAAACCACUUGCUUGGUGGCUUCGUCUACUGCUGCGAGGAAGCGCUUUCAUGGGCGAGGAACUAUUAGCUAGUAAGACAUCAUCGCCAGCGCGUUACCUGCCAGCGGCGUAGCCACAACACCGGCGGUUGUGUGUGUUGUCCUCUUCCAGCUGUGAAAUUUACACGUGGAAAGUGACUACGUCUUGUUGUCAAGUCUCCUCUUCCUGAAACCUGACCAGCUGUCCGGCACCGAAGAAAUAAAACGUAGAGAGGAAAAAAAAAAAAAAAGUAAGAACUGAGUAUAAUUACCGAUCGAGCUGCGAGGAAAAAAAAAUUCUGUGGAAUUUUGUCAGUUACACAUGGCGUGUGAGUUAUGACGGACGGUGGAAGACAGGAAAGUGACAGAGAAAGAAGACCUUGUUGCUGGCACGAGGUGGGCGGGGGGAAGCGAGACAGAAGGAAGAGAGAGCUGGGGGGAAAGGGAAAGGCCAGCGAGAGGAAGAGAGUGAGGGAAGAGGACGGCUCAGCGAAGUAGUGUUUAGACAGGAGUCAGUUGCCAAACAGAAGCUGUCAAGCAGGGAAACUUGCUGUCACCCUCAGGGUGGUCCCAACACACGAUCUCGCCUGCACACGGGGGCCCUGGAAACAAACGGCGCAUUUUUCUCUCGCCGUAUUUUCUUGUAACUGACAUGCGUCACGGUACUUGGACUUAGCAGAACCAACAGAUUAUAGGCACCGCAGCAUCCGACACCCGCUUCUUGGCUUGCUACCUGGUGCUUGUAGUGACGCCUGACUAAACAACAACUUGGUCUGUAAGAUAAAUUACCUACCAUCAUCAUCAUCAUCAUCAUCAUCAACGAUUGCUGGUGCAGCUCGUUUUGGAAUCUGUUUCUGCAUCUUCUCCAGGAUGGAACCUUCCAGAUUUCCUUCCAUGUUACUAGUUACAUGAUAAUGAUUUGAAUCCUCCAGUAACAAAAGUACACUUAAUAUCCUUACUUUAUUUGCAAAGAAAAUUUUGGUAAAGACUGAAAGUGAAAGGAAGGAGAUUCGGCUGCUUCAACGGCAAACGAUGAUCAAUUGUGGUGACACUGGAAGGAAUUAAUUUGAGAAUCACUGAUUAGACACAUCGAUUAGGGUGGCAGUGAGGUUCAAGACUCUGUAUGACAAAAGCAUUGCUGAUAGUCAGGUAAAUUUUAUGUGUCAUGGCUGUGCAACUGUGAGGUGGAGGCUUGUAAGACGGUUCCUUCAUCAUCCACCUGCCUCGACGCCACCCGACCCUCGGCUCAUCGGCGCCGGGUGGGUGUGCUCAGCCAUCUGCUGCCUCUCCCUGCAUCGAGGCCUACCUGACUAAACGACAACUGCUGUCGUCCACCCGCAUACCGCUCUCUGGCUUACCUGUACGACACGUACACACCGACACACAGGAGGAGGAUGUCCUUUCCUCAGUUUGCUGCUGCCGCUGCUGCUGCGGCCGCAGCUGCUGGUCUACCUGCCUCAGUGCCGCAGUCUUCUUCUUCUGUGCCUGCCUCUUCACAGAUGUCUGCCGGCUCGCCCCCAGCCCCUACCACCCCGCGGGGUUGUUGUGAGAACGGACGUCCGGUGCUGACGGACCCCCAUACGGGCCAGACGGUGUGCUCCUGUCAGUACAGCCCCACCCUGCUGGGCUACCCGCGGGUACCCGGCCUGGAGUCCAUGUACACGGCCUCGGCCUACGCUGCUGCAGUCUCCCAGGGAUACAUGGCACUGGGCGCGGAGGGAUCUGCCUUCUACACACCUUUGGGUUCGAGUCCAUACGACCUGAAAGAAAGCGCUGAGGCGUGGCGAACUCUAGCAGCUCAACCCGCUUUCCCCUACGACCCCAUGUCCCUGUACCCGUACGGCGCCGGGUACGGGGGCUUGGAUUUGAACUCCAGGAGGAAGAAUGCCACCCGAGAAAACACCAACACCCUCAAAGCCUGGCUCUACGAGCACCGCAAGAACCCGUACCCGACGAAAGGCGAGAAGAUCAUGCUGGCCAUCAUCACCAAGAUGACCCUGACCCAGGUGUCCACGUGGUUCGCCAACGCCCGUCGUCGUCUGAAGAAGGAGAACAAGAUGACCUGGUCACCCAGGAACCGCAGCGAGGACGGGAGCGAGGCUGGGGACAAUCCCGAGGAUGUUGACGUCGAUCCGGACGGAGAUGGCGCCGGUGGCGACGGAGGUGGUGGAGGUGGUGGUGGCGGCGGUGGUGGUAGUGGUGGUCGAGGCGACGAUGAUGUCGACGUAGGACCUCUCAGUCCAGAAAGGUCCGGGCUAGGAGCCAAUGGCCUAACAUCGCCGAGACCCUCAACGCCUUUGUCACAUACGGAUAACGACAGAGACCUCAAGGAGCGAAUCAUCAACGUUGAAGACGAGGAAGAGUCAUGCUCCAGCUUCAAGGACCACGACUUCGACAACGACGACGACCUCUCGGCGAGCGAGGAGAGCAGCAGACGGCUGAUCAGAGACAGAUCCCCUUUAAGGGGCAGCAGGGACAAAGGGGAGGGGGGAUCGUCACCUUCCUCAUCAGAGAAACUGUUGCUGGAAGGAGAAAGGCGAGCUGGGAGAGGCGACGAACACAGUAGUCGGGUACUCGUGAGCUCCCACCUCCUGAGGACAGUGCCAGUGAGCGGGGUGGGUGGGGUUGUUGGUGGGAUGGGGGCGAGGGAGAGAGACAGAGACUCAUCGGCAGACCCUCCGGGGUCCAGCGCACCUGCCCCUUCGUCAGCACCGACGUCGACGAGACCUAAGAUCUGGUCCGUGAGCGAGUUCCUCCAUCCGACCUCCACCACCGCCUCUUCGUCGUCCUCUUCUGCAUCGGUUUCCUCCUCUUCCUCGUCUACGUCAUCGUCCAACGUAUCGCAAGGGUCGUCCAGCUCGCAGGCCGCCAUGAUGACAGCGGCGGCCCGGGCGGCCAUGAUGGCAGCCGCUGGGGACGCAAGGGGCCCUCCAGGGGCCUUCGCCGGGCUGCGUCCAUCGACGCUCAACACAGGCUACAUCUACCUCCCCCCGGGUGCCUCGGCGGCGUGGGCUGCGGCUGGGGCAAGGUUCGGACAUUUAGGAACCUACCCUUUGUCCUUAUCUCACACCACUCUCUCCUACCCAUACUCCUUGUCGGCGCACACCCCGAGCAAAGCAUCCCUGGAAGCUUCGGCUGCCAUGCGCGGUCUCAGCGUGGAGGCGCUGCGGGAGGCGCAGUUAGGGGUGGGAGGAAAACUGACUGGCCAUGGUCGUCCCAAUGGCUCCCUUUUCUCACCUGCUCGUGAUAUUGACGGAAUUCGUGGUCCAGCAGUCUCGUCUAGCAGACUGGUCGAAUCCAACAUCUGAGACGUCCUCCUCACUCACUUCAUCAUGAGAGUACUCUCCCUUCUCGCCAGUCUCCUCGUCGUUCUGCCAGCCUCUAGUCGUCGUCAUCAUCCUCUGUGUUAUCUUCUUUGUCGUUGUGUCUGUAGUCGUCGCCUCGUGACGUUGCGUGCCCUUCACGACUGUUGGCGGGUUGUACACCAAGUCGACCCGUUGUGCCCGGAUGUCUUGGCGUCACGUUUGACUGCUCUCUUUGUCUCUUUUUUUUUUUUCUCUCUCUCUGUUCGUGUGUGCAUGAAGACUCUGAUGGCGUCCCUCAUCACGAAAAACAAUUCCUGGGAGCUCGGAAGAGCAUGAACUCAACGCGGCGAGUCUGUUGUAACAGACUUCGCCGCUCGGUUCCAGGAGGCAAACAUUGGCUAAUCGUGAAAAUGUCUUCAACACCGACCACCGGACACCGACACUGAGAGAGAGAACUUAAGGGUCUUUCAUUUCAAAAUCCAAAGACUGGGUUAAGACGAUCAAAGACAUCAGAAGAACCUAUAUUUUUGAUGAAGAGAUGAUGGAAGGAGGGAUGAAGGGGGCAAAAACAAAAAAUCACAGACAUAAAGAACAAACUAAUGUUGUGUAUGUUCGUGAGUGCACGCAUGCAUGUGAUUGUAUACAAAUGUUUUCAAAUUUAAAAUGAGGGAAAAAACCCCGAAAAGAGGAUCGUCGUUUCUGAAAUUCUUAUCGUCGCAGCCCUUGUGGCCCCUGUCUCAGAUCCUCAUCUGGACGUCUCAUGCUGUUGUACAUAGUUGCCUCCAUUCGCAGACCAGACAUUCAGGUGUGUCGGAUGUGAGCACCUCCAAAGCACGCCCUAACUACGUCACUGUACGUUGAUGCCAGGAUGCUUCAUCCAACCUUUCCCGGCGCACCACUCACGCUUUCGCACUCAUCAUGGCUGAUGUGUCAACAACUGUGUCCUGUCCUUGUGUAAAGCUGGAAGAAAGUCGGGAGAAAGAAGAACUUCUGACACUACAAAUCCAACGACGUCUUUCUACUGUAGUAGACAUUGGAAGACAGAGCGAUCAUCAGGAGACCGAAAAUAAAUAAAAAAAUAAACAAAACUGAGAUAGACAAAGACAGAAACAAUACCAUGUCUCACUCACUCUGUUAUAAUGUCUAUAUUUGAUGUUGUCUGAUUACAAAAAAGUACUUUGGUAAACACAAAUCUGGCAUCUGCCUUCAGGUGUGGUCCAGAUUCGAUGUGACUGCUUGCAGAAAAAAAUAUCAUUUGUGUGAAUUUGUUUGUAGCUUUCACUUUUGCCUGGAAAAUGUUUCUAAUAGCUGACUUUGUCGCCUGCGACAUCUCUGUGAGAUGUUAGUCGAGUUCUGAAUGUGUGGAGUGAGAAUGAAAGACGACUGCGACUCCAUCAUGAUGUCACGCUCGGGUUUACUUUUCGUUAGAAACACGUGUGUUUGGUGAAUUAGUUAAUAUUCAGUGGUCUCUACUGUGCACAUGCUGUUGUUGAUGUUUUCUUUUUGUGUUGGAACAAAGACAAGACAACACUGACUUCUUCAUCUGUAGUAGCACAACUGAUGAAACUCGGAUAUCGCAAAGAUUCCCUUGCCCCCCUUUAAACCCAAGAUAUUAAAGUCAUUUCAAUAAACUCCUUCUGAAACCUGAAA